UUGUCUUUACCGAAAAAUGUCGACUCGCUGUCAAAUUUUGCUACAAAAAUACAAAGAAUUCGUAAAUUAACCAAAUGUUUCCUCCGUAAAUUGAAAAAUUUCAAGCAAAAUAAAAACAAAAAACCUAAUACAAAAAACACGAAUCGCAUACAAAAUUUAAAAGCAAAUGUCAAAGCUAAUGAAAACGUGAAAUACAAUUAGUAAAAAGAAGUUAUUCUAUAUUCAACAACAAAACGCAGAAAAACAGACGGUCAGCAAAUUAGCAAAAUAACUAGUAGUGGAACAGCAAGCAACAAAAGCGAAGGCGACGGUGGUGUAAGAGGCAGACAGCAGCACAUCAGCGGUGUCAGUGAUAGCUCAUAAGAGGGCAAUCAUAAUCAUUAAAUUGGCAAAUCGUUUUCGGCAAAAAAAAAAAGGUUAUCUUAAAGAGCUGAAAAAUUGAAUACGCUCCGGUAAUUGUCGAUAAAGCAAUCGAAGUUUAAUAUUGCUGACAAUAGCUGUCGAUUGCAAUUUCGUAUUGUUGCAUAGAAAAGUGAUCAACAACACAUAAGGAACGCACACACUUCAUGCUACCAAAUUAAGUAAAGAGACAAGAGCACAGAACGUAAGCAAACACCAGACUCGCACCAUUUGAAUUAAUAACGUAUACAAAGGUUAGUUACUUUCCUUUGUUUGAUGUCUAUGCGCACAUUGUUGGAAACUGAGUAAUCUGUAAACAACGUCGGUUAGCGACUCUGUGCCCACUCUACUAAGCAGUUCAUUAUCCUUACUAACAAAGUACUUGGCCACAACGCUUUUAAUGCUAGUUUUCUUAAUAAAGAACUUGGUUGCUGACUGUGCAAAACACACGCGUUUGCUGUGGAUCGCAAAGGAGUGAAAUUAUAAAUGGAAUAAUUUGACAUUUCUAAUGACGCAGUGGAGGCGUUAAAACACCUUUUUGGUAUUCACACAAAAAAUUUCUAACGCACAAAACGCCAGUUGUUUAUAAACUUGUUUCGCUACGAAAAAAAAACACACUGCUCGCCAAUAUACCAAUUUAAAAAGAAACAAAACUGAAACCCAACGAAUGGGCGCUAAGGCAAGUACACCGACAGCCAGCGGCCAAAGCCCACGUUCGCGUACCUUUUCCAGCAGUUCAACUGGAACGGACGCUGCACAAGUCGCCGGCAAUAGCAGCGCCGAUGGUGGUCAAGGCUUUAACUUGUUGCGUACAUUACCCAGUCUACAGGUGCAACAUCAUGUCCAGAGUUCAAGCAUCGAUCGACAGCGUGCCCGCAGUUUGAGCUCAGUGCCAGAUAUACACAAUCAACAACAUGGCAAUUCGCACGCAUCGUGUGUCGCUGCUGGACCGCAUACGCAUCCAGCCGUGGGCACGUCGUCUAGUAAUAAUGCAUUCAGUGUAACCUCACAAACGCACGCUACAGCUGCCACCAAUUAUUUACAACAUCCGCAUUAUCCACUCGGUGGUGAUGUUAUGGGUACUGGUAGUAUUCGCGUUAGUGUACCGGUCAGUAGUAGCUCAUUUCACGACAACACACUUAUGCUGAAUGGUGGUGGCAACGGUGGUGGUAAUGGUGGCCGCGGUAUGGUGAGUGCACCACAUUCGCAUACACUCAACUUUGAAGAUCUACAGGAUGUUUCGGCAACGGGCACAAAUUUUGUGGAGAGCAUUGCAUUGGCGGCAUCCUCAUCGAGUGGCGCGAGCGGUAUUGGUCGCGUCUACACAGCUACAUCGCUACCAUCGCACAUUUGGUCAUUUAAUGGUAUUAAGUGUCCAGUAUGUAACAAAUUUGUGUUGCCCGACGAUAUUGAAUGCCAUUUAGUUAUGUGCCUCACUAAGCCGCGACUGUCAUACAAUGAGGAUGUUUUAUCCGAUGCCAAGGGCGAAUGUGUAAUUUGCUUAGAAGAUUUGAAUCCCGGUGAUAUUAUUGCACGAUUGCCGUGCUUAUGUAUUUAUCAUAAAGGCUGCAUCGAUCGAUGGUUCGAAGUGAAUCGAUCCUGCCCAGAGCAUCCAGGAGACUAGUUAAACCUCACUAAUACAGUUUUAGUGCGAGAGAGCGUUGAAUUGGAAUCAUAACUAAUCAAUUUAUUGAGUAAUAAUGAAUCUAGUGAUAUAAUAUAUAUAUAUAUUCAGCAAAUAAUAAUAAAAUAGAAAUUAGUUGUAAAUUCUUUUUUAUACUGUGACGUAAAAAUAGGUGAACAUAAUAACAUAAACUUUAAAUUAUAUAUAUAAAAAAAACUUAAGCAAGUAAAUGAGAAAAAAAACUAAAAAAAAGAUUAUAAAAAAAAUUGCAAAAAUAAGAUAUAUAUAUAUAUAUUGUAUGUUCGUAAUUUCUGUGUGUCUUAUCGUUUAUGAAUAUGCAUAUGCAAUAGUUUUGUUGUGAUUUAAAUUGUAUUGUAUAUAUUAUAUGAGGAGGUGAAGAUGAGAUGGCAUGUUAGGAGGGCAUUAGAGCCCAUUGAAUAGGCGCAGUUACCAAUGCAGCAGCAGCAGCAGCAAACAACUCAACUGAAUUCAAAACAACUCAACUCAACUCUAAUCAACUCCAAAAGCAGCAGUAUACGAUGCAGGGUAACUGCAAGGCCAUGUUUCGCAAUACACAAAACGUAACGGAACAACAAUAACUGCAGCAACAAUAACAACGAUAAUAUAUGAACGGAAGUAACGAUGAACGAUGGAUGAAUGAUGAAGAACGAUAGAUGAGCGAUGGAUGAACGAAGAUGAAGGCGUUGAAGGCGCGUUUGUAAAUGAACUCAAAACAAAAACAAAACAAAAAAGGUGCUGCGCACUGCAGCCCAGUGUGCGUUAGUUAUUUAAUUGUGAUCGUCUAUAUAAGUUUUGUGUAUACAUAUAUAUAUGAUUUUUGCUCAUUUCAUGUUGACUGUUUUUUGAUUUGGCUUAAAUUGUAAACACUUUCAUACAUACAACAAGCAAACGAGUAACAAACAAGAAAAUAACAAAAAAAAAAAAAUUAAUACUAAAACAAAAACAAAACAAAAAAAUAGUUUUUUAGUCUAGGAAAUGUUGUGAAUUGUAAUUGAGAAGUAAGAAUUGUUUAUGUUGAGCCAAUAUAACUCCCCGCCGCAAUGAGAAAACACAUAUAUAAAAACACAUACAACAAUAAAACGAAGAAAAAACAACAACAACAACAAUUAUAUACGCAUAACAACAACGCAAUAAGGCAUGUGAGGCAAGUGUGGUUACUGAUUAUUUAUCACCACAUCAAUUGGAACGGGAGGUGUAUGCAGAGUUGUUAGUUGAACAGUACACUUUACGCAAUUGUCAAUAUCAUUUCAUAAAUAAAUAAAUAAAUUUAAUAAUAUGUAUACAAAUAUAUAUAUACAUAUAGAUAUAUAUAUAUAUAUAUGAAUUAAAUGAAAAUUAAAAGUUUAAGCAAUUGUGGCAUAAUUCUAUGGCUGAUGGUUAAAAAUAAUAAGUUUAACUGAAUAUACAAGCAUACAUAUAAUACAUAAAAACAACUAUAUUUACAUACAUACAUACAUAUAUACAUAGCUAUGUAUAAACGUUUAAGUUUAGGCUCGAAAAAUUGGUCAUCAAAUGUCCAAAAAAAAAAAUUAAGCAAGAAACAAACUGAAAAUUAAAACAAUAAUUAAUACAACAACACACAAAUAUAAAUCACAAAAGUAAAAAAUAAAAUAAACAGACAGACAGAUUUAGCGCCGCAAGUAACGAAAUAAAAUUUUAAAGUAAAAUAUUGCAACGCAUUUCACCGUAGUUGAAUACAAAACAACACACACACACACAUAAAACGUCAAGUAGAAAAAGAAUCAAAAAUAGUGCGCUAAAAAGUUAAAAUUACUGGAAAUCCGGUAUCAGCUCAGUUGUACUACAUAAUGUUAGAAGGUAAAAA